CAUCAACAUGCAGCCGAUUUUCUUUGGAAUUCUCGCAAUAAUUGCCCUUGCAAGUACUAAUGCAAGGGAAAUUCCUUCAAGAGUAGUCGGCGGUGAAGAUGCUGCUGAAGGAGCUCAUCCUUGGCAAGUUUCACUGAGAAAAUAUAACUCUCAUUUUUGUGGAGGAGUUAUUGUUAACGAACGCUGGAUUUUGACUGCUGCUCAUUGCAUUGUUUAUUUACCAAAAUCAUUCAUAACAAUUGUCGCUGGAACAAAUUCACUGAGCAACAGCGGCAAUGUUUACGAAGUAGAUGAAAUUUUCGUCCACGACUUUUCUCCAUCAACAAUAAUCAAUGACAUUGCAUUGAUCCGCACUACCUCUGAAAUAGAAUUCUCUGACAAAAUUCAGCCGAUUAAAAUCAGCGAGCAGAAUUUCUAUGCUCACGGAGACCCUGCGGUUCUCACCGGGUGGGGAUACACCGGCGUAACACCUGACAGACUUAAGGAGAUAAAUUUGAGAAUUUACGAGCAAUCUGAGUGCCAGAAACAUUGGUGGAGCUUACCUGAGAGCCAAAUUUGCACCCUGACAGAGGCAGGGGAAGGUGCUUGCAUGGGUGACUCGGGCGGACCAUUGGUAGCCGACGGUGUCCAGAUUGGAAUUGUUUCCUACGGAAAACCAUGCGCCCAAGGGUUCCCAGAUGUUUACACCCGCGUACGCGAAAAUUCUCAUUAUUGCGGGGCUGUGGUCCUUAAUAGCCGCUGGGUAAUUACUGCUGCACAUUGCGUUGUUCUGGUGAAUACAACCGGAGUGACAGCAGUAGUCGGCACCAACACCCUCUCAUCAGGCGGCAAGGUAUACCACCCGGACUUAUUCAUAGUCCACAAAGACUACAAGCUCGCAGUGAUCAACGACAUCGCGCUGAUCAGAGUCUCCAAGGCGAUGAAAUUCACCCGGAAAGUCCAGCCGGUUCUGCUGCCAACCACUGACUCCUUAACAAAAUCCUACCCCGUGACACUGUCCGGGUGGGGAAGAAACAGUACUAACGGAGCAAUUCCAGAGAAUCUUCAAGAGAUUGACCUGAUGGUGAUCAGCCAGCUCAAGUGCAGGAUCUACCACCCGAUUUUGUUAACUAGAGGACACAUUUGCACCCUGACUGGAGACUCAGGUGGACCGUUGACUGCCAAUGGCACUCUAGUUGGCAUAGUAUCUUUUGGAAGUCCAUGUGCUAAGGGAGUUCCUGAUGUUUAUACUCGCGUCUAUCACUACUUAAACUGGAUCAAUCAGACACUUGCUAAAGCUAAUACAAAUUACGAUGAUGAUAUUCCGAAUUUUGAUGGCGCGUAUCCUUAUCAAGCUUCUUUGAGACUUUCCGGGUUUCAUUUUUGCGGAGGAGUUGUUAUUAAUGAUCGCUGGGUUCUUACCGCUGCGCAUUGUCUUUAUUACAUGAACAUACAAAACAUCACGGUAGUAGUCGGAACAAACAGCCUGAAGAUAGGCGGAGACGUUUACAAGACAAACUACACUACAGUUCACAAAAACUACACAGGAGACCUGACAAGCGACAUUGCGCUGUUAAGAAUCUCCGGGAAGUUCAACUUGACAAAGAAAGUGGCGCCAAUCCCCCUGGCGGUGAAGGACGAAACUAAAAAAGAGUACCCCGCUAAGCUCUCCGGAUGGGGAACCACCAUCUUGGGCGGAGCGGCGCCGGAUAAACUUCAAGAGAUAAAUCUUACGGUGAUUUCGCAGGUUAGGUGCAAAAGCUAUCACUCGAUAGUCACAGCAGGGCACAUUUGCACCUUGACCACCAAGGGAGAAGGCGCUUGUCAUGGUGACUCCGGUGGACCGCUAACCGCAAAUGGAACUCUCAUUGGACUGGUUUCUUUUGGACGACCCUGCGCGGUAGGGUACCCAGAUGUCUACACCAGAGUUUUCUUCUACCGAGACUGGAUCAAGAAGGCCAUUGCUAAUGCUGAUAAGCCUCACGAUGAAGAUGAUAUUGGGAAUUUUUAGGUGUGAUUCUGCAUUAAUAAUGUAUUGCCUUAAAAUGUGCUAAUAAAAAUAUAAAAUUGUUAAAAUAUUAAAAGA